CCCUAAUAUUAUUUAUUUGCUGCCCGCUAACUCCGGUCAGCGCCCCUCAACUCAUCAAUAACGACUUGCGGCGAAAAGGUGUAUUUUUGGAAACUUCGCGUCACGGUGUUUUAUACCGAUAUAAAAAGGGAAGCUUUCUAUGGGUACAAGCAUGAACUGGACAUGAAGACAUCAUCCUAUUGAAGCUUUCACCUCUUCGUUGAGCGCCCCCCCGGACCGCUCCUCCCCGCUUUGUAAACCCUAACCUGACGGUUUCGUUCGCAAUAGAGAAUGGCCGCGGAGUCCUCGAAGCUGCUGUACAUUGUGGUGGUGGAGGGAGGUGAGGUAUGCGACGAUACUGGUAAUGGAAAAGUGGGAGAGCAAGAGAAGGACGCGUUUCGAUACACUCGUGCUGUGUUACAGAGUACUCUGCAGCUCAUGGGAUGCAAACCCAGACAUGCCUUUAAGAUUAGCAGAAGGGUUUUUGAGAAGAUCAGAAGUGAAUGUACAGGUGACACUUCAACUCUACUAUGUACAGAGACAUUGGAACAAGAUAAAUUAAAUAAGCGUCAUCAUGAAGACGGUGAUAUAAGCACAAGGAAAUCAUUUGAGUCGUAUAAGAGGCGGACAACUGUGGUGGUUAAAAGAAAAUCAUUUCUAGAUGUUGUAAGCGAUGUUCUCACUGAAUACAAGUACAUCGGCCCAAAUCAGAGGGCUGACCUGGCUAUCGCGUGCAGGAUAAGAGAAAGGAAGGAAUCUGUUAUUGUGCUACUAUGUGGGACAAGUGGGUGCGGGAAAUCUACUCUUUCUGCAUUGCUGGGAAGCAGGCUGGGGAUCACAACUGUAAUAUCCACGGACUCAAUUAGGCACAUGAUGAGGAGCUUUGUCAAUGAAAAGGAGAACCCUCUACUUUGGUCUUCAACUUACCAUGCUGGGGAACAUUUAGAUCCACUAGCAGUUGCUGAAUCAAAGGCCAAAAGGAAAGCAAAGAAGUUAGGAUAUUCUAUUCAGACACUAGAAAAGGAUGCUGCUAAUCCCGUCAAUUUUAUUAGCCCGAAACAAAUGGCAAUUGAAGGAUUUAAGGCUCAGAGUGAGAUGGUGAUCGAAAGUCUUGAUAGACUAAUUACUGCAUGGGAAGAGCGUAAAGAAUCAGUUAUUGUGGAGGGUGUUCACUUGAGCCUUAAUUUUGUGAUGGGGCUAAUGAAAAAACACCCUUCAAUCAUACCUUUCAUGAUUUACAUCGCAAAUGAAGAAAAGCACUUGGAAAGAUUUGCAGUUCGUGCGAAAUACAUGACACUGGACCCAGCCAAAAACAAAUAUGUCAAAUAUAUACGUAACAUCAGGACAAUACAAGAAUAUCUCUGCAAUUGUGCUGACAAGCAUCUGGUGCCAAAAGUGAACAACACUAAUGUUGAUAGAAGUGUAGCAUCUAUCCAUGCAACAGCAUUCAGUUGCCUAAGGAGGCGUGAGGCAGGGGAGAAGCUUUAUGAUCCUUCCACAAACACAGUUUCUGUUAUUAAUGAGGAAUACAGAAAUCAGCGUGCUGCAAAUUCCUGGAGCUCAAAGGGUGUGCUUAAACUGCUUCAGAGAAAUGGUUCUUCUAGGCAUAUGAUGGCUCUUGUCAAUUAUGACGGGUCGGUGGCAAAGGCUUGGCCAAUAUACUCAUUGGAUAGCAAUGACAACAUAUUUAUGGACUAUGGACCUUUACACGUUCAGAAGGCUGAACCGGUCAAUCUGCAGUUUGGUUACUUAGGGAUAAGUGCUUGGCGAAACGAGACUGGUUGUACAAGCCGUGCUAAUAGUUUAGAUGGAUCGAGAGGGGAGCUGGCUGACAAUGGCAGUAGGUAUCAUUCAUCUUGCUGCAGUUCGCCAAGGUUCUGUGACGGACCUUCUAAGGAGCUCGAAGACCAACAAUUUGUCAAUGGUAGCGAUGAAGAGUUUGACGAACUGCCUGAAAUGGAUAGUGAUGAGGAUUUUAAUGAGGAUUCAAAGCAUAUUCAUGAAGAGAUGGAGGGAUCGGUGGAUGAGGAAUCAACGAAAUCAGAUGAGGAAUAUGAUGAUCUUGCUCUGUUGGAUGGUCAAGAACAGAAUGGUUACUACUCUGUUGAGGAUGAAGAAUCUUGUGAUAAGUUUGGGUUGAAUCACAAGAUGGUACCUAUUUCAGGGAAAACGAUGCCCGAGGAAGUUAAUGGCAGCUUUGAUGGAAGCUGUCUACAAAAAUAUGAUCUUUUCUCGGGAAGUAAAGGCAGUACACUUUUGGAAUCACCACUUCGAGAGAGAAAUGAGAAGGUAGCUGCAAAUUUGUGCAAUGAAAUAGCUGGAAAAUGUGCCCACAUCAUUCCAUCCACGGGAAACCAUAUGUGGUGUAUGAAGUCUUGAGGAGGUCUUAUGAGAUUCCCCUUGAAUAUGUCUUUCUCUUCCUCCCUGUAACAUCUCUUUUUUUUCUGUGUCUGCCUUUUCCAUUUGUUUCCCUUUCUAACGCAUGGAAAUGAAUAAAUUGUAGAACAGCUGAGAAAGGAUGUUCUAUUCGCUCACGACCUCACGUCACUGACUGCCUUGGUUUAAAACUAAGGUUGGGCUCAAUAAUAUUUUAUUAACAGAGUAUAUCUUACAUUUUCUAUGUAUUAACAC